AUGAACAUCUCCACGUCCACGGUCGCCAGCAGAAGAAGAAAGGCCCGCUCGACUCUCCAGGAGGACGAGGAAAACGCUGCUGAGCUCAAGCUUGGUCCAGAAUUCCAGCUCAACCAGCUGGACAACUAUGGCAACGACACAAAACUCAUGGCCCUGAACGUUUCUGAGGCCCGUAUUUUGAUCAGAGCGGCCUUGAAGGAGAGAAUGGCCACCGUGCAGAAGUUUAACGAGCAGGACUUUGGGCUUUCCGCGGAGGACGCCGACGACGAAACGCUCGCAAGAAUGGCCACGGCUCCAGGAGCAAAUGAGGUUUUGCGCAAGACUCUGGACUACCUGUCCACGUUUGCUCGUUUCAAAGACACAGAGACCUGUACUGCUGCCGAGGGACUACUCAAGAGCACAGAAAACAGCGCUUUACAUCCUUUCGAGGCAGCCCAGCUCGGAUCUCUUGCUUGCGAAGAUAUCGACGAAGCCGUUACGUUAAUACCUAGUCUAAACGACAAAAAAGACGAGGUGGAUCUACAGAGAAUUCUCGAUGAGCUCAAUAGACUCGAAACCACUUUCUCAUAG